UUUUUGACUUUUGACAUUUGUAAAUGACAAUAAAUAAUUUGUCAUACGUCUUUAUUUAGUUUCUGAAUCAUUUUUUAAUUAUUUAAAAUUAGUUAUUCUGUGUUUAUAAUUUUAAUUUAACACGUUUAAUUUAUUGUUAUACUUGUUAGAGUAAUACUGUUGUGAUUCAAAAUGUUUUCUAGUGGUCCCAAUUAUACUAAACUAAAAACUAACUUGAGACUGGCAAUUACUCGUUUGAAGUUGUUGGAAAAGAAAAAGAGUGAACUUACAGAGAAAUCUAGACGAGAAAUUGCUGAUUACAUUAGCGCUGGCAAAUAUGAAAGGGCCAAAAUUAGAGUAGAAUAUAUUAUUAGGGAAGAUUACUAUGUGGAGGCACUGGAGGUAGUUGAAAUGUACUGUGAUUUGUUAGUAGCUAGGUUUGGUUUAAUUCAGAAUAUGAAAGAAUUAGAUGAAGGGCUAGCUGAAGCUGUAUCAAGUAUUAUAUGGGUUGCUCCAAGACUUCAGUCUGAUAUCCAAGAAAUUAAAGUUAUUGCUGAUUUGCUAGCAGCAAAGUAUGGUCCAGCUUAUGCAGAGGCAUGUCGUAUAGAAUCUGUUGAAACUAUAAGUCCCAAGCUGAAGCACAAACUUUCUAUUCAGAGUCCCCCAAAAUUAUUAAUCGAGAAAUAUGUUAUAGAGAUUGCAAGUUGUUUUAACAUUCCUUACGAACCGGAUCCUCAGAUUAUGGCCAUGGAUAAAGGAAAUGAUGCAAUGCUGAUUGAUUUAAGUGACAGAAAUAAUCUCGGUGGUGGUGGAGGUAUUCCACAACCACCUGGAUUCGUUGGCUAUCCACAGCCUCCAAGCUUUCCAGCUCCUAAUCCAGAUCUCGUACCAUUUUCAUAUCCGACCUUACCAGAAAAAGGUGGACCUUCAGCACCCCCACCAUCAUUUUCUUACAAUAUUCCACCAGCUGCAGAUGAAAAUAAAGAAUUCAACACAGAUUACAUGGAUAAUAAUAAUUUACCUACCUAUAGCAUGGUCUUUCCUGGUAAAGAAAAGGAUAACAAUAAUGAUGGAAGUGGGGCUUCUAAUGAUGAUACUUCAAAGAAUAGAGAUGAUAAACCUAAACCUCUUCCAAGAACGAAAAUGAAUAACGACUUCAAUCUGCCCGAUGUGCCCGACCUGCCGCCUGUACCAACAAAUAAUACACCCAGCGACGAUAUCGACUUUGAUGAUCUGACCAAGAGGUUUAACGAACUUAAAAAGAGACACUAAUUGUUACAAUACGCCUGUUUUGUAAUAAUUAUUAGCUGUUUUAGUACUACUUUACAAUUUACAUUUUAAGAUUAUUGAGUGGAAAAGCACAGAGGUUCGGCAUUUUUAUUUUAGCUUAGAAAACUGUAUAUGUUAAAAAAUAAAGCUAAAUACAGUACAUGUUAUAUUUCCAAAUAAAGAUAUAUCUUUUUAUGUUUAAAAUAUUUAGAUUAUGUAUAUAUUUAUAUUUUUAUUAUAUGUGUAACCGCAUGAUUUAUUUACAUAAAGAAUAAAAAAAUAUUUUAAGUUAA